AAAAUUCACUUUUGUAAACAAUUUCUGAACGUUUUCAGUUUUGUUUUGAUGUUUGAACGUUUAAGACUACUUUUCGAUAGAAUAGAGCUGAAUAGGCGGGCUGUGCUCCCGUGGCCGAGUGGUUAGCGUCCCACAUUAUCAUGCCGGGGGUUCGGGUUCGAUUCCUGUUCUGGCCGGGAGAUCUUUCGUCAAAGAAAUUUCUUCCGACUUGCACUGUGGUCACGCGUAUUCUAGAACUUGCCACUCCAUAAUACAUUCAAGGCGUGUUAUUCGGCAUAGAAAAUCUCAACUAAGUAGUACUAAUUAAAAUGAUGCAAGUAAUACUUACGUUGAGAAGACAAAAGUUCCACUGGGAACGUUAUUGCCAUCCAAGAAGAAGGGGGGCUGAUUAUCCGCGAACUGAUCCGCGAUACGGCUAAGUUAAAUCUCAUUGAAGACGAUUAGGUUGAACAUUUUGCCACCACCGUUCACGAAUUAAAGUCCGGGUUAUCCGCAAUUUGCUUUUGUAAUCCCGGUUCGAAUCACAAGUCUCCAUCUUUCACGCAAUUACCUUCUAAAUCCAACACAAAACAUCAUUUCACGGAAGCGCACCGAAUGAAUUAGUUUUUGCACGUUUGUAAACAAUUGAACCACCUGGUAAUGGGCACGUUGGGAUACCCUUCUGACGGUUCUACCGUCCGAAUGGUUUGAAAGUAGCACCAAUGUGAACUACUCACAUUGUAAUACUUUGGCAAUAUCAUUACUUGAUAGGAGAGUUUUGACGAAGUUUUUCUAUAUGUAGGUUUCCAUUGACGCCAUUUUUGACAUUAUUUAGGACCCGUGUUGACAACAAUGCACCGUCAAACUAGUUCUUGACGACAAAACAACAGCGGAUUUUGACAAAUAUGUAAACAAACUGAACAAGCGGUGUAGUGUACCUGAGCUAUACACAACAUGUUGAUCGAUUGUUUGACCCAAUUCACCUAUAGCAGUCAUAGACGAUCACAGAUCCUGAAUUGUUGAUAACAACAGAUCUCAUAUACAAUGUUUCGAUUGCAACAAUUGCCAAACACCACACACAGUCCCAAUUCACAACCGAAAGUGUUCCAAAGCAAGCCCCAACAAGGGAUAAACUCACUACACGUGCUACCUGCCAGUCAACAUAGUGGCGCAUUGAACUUCGUCCGAUGUUUGCUUAAUUCCCGAAGAAUGCGAAACGAGCGAGAGCCCUUGCUUGGGUCGGAAAACUCGCUGGACAUAGUCCAUAGUGAACACCAGCACCUGCUAGCGCGGCCAGAUCUGCGCAGUUCACCGGAAAAUGUGAUCGUGGACGUGGCGAACGAUACCGACAGUCUCGGAUCGCACAAGGAGGAUCAAACUUAUGGGUCGUCCAGUGGAGCGUACGAUCCGUCGAUGCAUCGAACGUUAGAGCACCCGACGACCAAUUUCGAUACGAUGGUUCACCUGCUAAAGGGAAACAUCGGUACCGGCAUUCUGGCGAUGCCGGAUGCUUUCAAGAACGCCGGACUAUACGUGGGCCUAAUCGGAACGCUACUGAUGGGAGCCAUUUGCACGCACUGUAUGCACAUACUGGUUAAGUGUUCUCACGAGCUUUGCCGGCGGUUACAGGUGCCGUCACUGAACUUCUCCGAGGUGUGUCACCGAUCUUUUGAAUCUGGCCCGAUGGGCUUGCGGAGGUAUUCCACGGUCGCGAAGAAUUUGAUCAAUCUCUUCCUAGUCGUAACGCAGUUGGGCUUCUGCUGUGUGUAUUUCGUGUUUGUCGCUGCCAAUAUUCGUGAGGUGGUGGCACACUACUUCUUCGAUCUUGACACGCGGGUGUACCUAUUGCUGAUGCUGAUACCGAUGGUUUUGUUGAAUCUGGUCAAGAAUCUCAAGUAUCUGACGCCCAUCUCGCUGGUUGCUGCUUUCCUGACAGUGGCAGGUCUUGCUUGCACCUUCAACUACGUCCUGCAGGACCUCCCGAACACGCACACCGUCAAACCAUUUGCGUCGUGGGCUCAGUUGCCGCUCUACUUCGGCACAGCUGUAUACGCCUUCGAGGGAAUCGGCAUCGUGCUGCCGCUGGAGAAUAACAUGAAAACACCGGACGACUUUGGCGGCUGGACUGGUGUCCUCAACACGGGAAUGGUUAUCGUCGCGUGCUUGUACACGGCGGUUGGCUUUUUCGGCUAUUUGAAAUACGGAGAGUCCGUACAGGGAAGCAUCACGCUCAAUCUGCCCGGGGAUCAAUUUGUUGCCCAACUGGUGCGCAUCAUGAUGGCACUGGCGAUCUUCUUCUCGUACGGACUCCAAUUCUACGUGCCAAUGACUAUUGUGACACCGGUGAUCAAGCGCCAGCUGCACUCCGAGCAGGCGCAACUGAUCGGUGAGUAUCUAACCCGCGUUGGUUUGGUUGUGUUUACGUUCCUGCUCGCGGCAAUGAUACCCAAUCUGGGAGCGGUCAUUUCGCUCGUUGGUGCCGUCAGUAGCUCCACGCUGGCACUGAUCUUUCCGCCGCUGAUCGAAAUCAUUACCUUCUGGCCCGACGGUUUGGGCAAGCGGUACUGGAUUCUGUGGAAGGACAUUGCCAUCAUGACAUUCGGCAUCUGUGGGUUCGUAUUCGGUACGUACAGCAGUAUAGCACAGAUCCUGUACCCGAACGUACACUAGGCGGGUUUGGUUGGACCCUGUGCAGGAGGCUACGCACUGUAUAGACGCGUAGCGUGUGAACAAAAACAACCGAACAUUGGUGAUUUCUUAUAUUAUUAGAAAACGAGCGUUGUAAAUUAUAAUAACGGUAUUGUAGAAAAAAACUUAUUUAUACAAAGCAAGCAAACACACAGAACAGGAAGAUGAAGACUAUACACGUUAAAGUUGAGCUAAUUGGUUGGUCAGCUUAGGAGAUUGAUUUCUCCUCAACACAGUCCAAUCAUCGACAGAUCCAUACAAGUGAGUGAAUCCUCAUUUAAAGAAACUGAGUCGAGUACAGAUACGGAUGUGAGUACUCAAAUAGGUGCUUGAAAAGUGAGUUGGAGUAUUCAGUUUCUGGGAAAAAAAUCUCACCGAUCUCCCCGCGCGAUGAUUGGAUUGUGCUUGAUAAAAACCACCCAUUAACGUGUUUCCCAUAUGAUUGAAGUGAGAGUGUUGUGCAAAAUCUUAAAUUCUAGGUGUGAUCGUUAGUUUUUAAUUUUAGUGUUCGUAAUAUUUUCGAAUGCCAAGCAUCAGAGGAAAAAAAAAAGAAUGAAUGGUAUUACUAGUACUGUGUCGAGUGAUAAUAUGUAUUGCGAGGAAAUCAUGUUUUGGCAAUUUUCGUUAGAAUUGCAUGUUCAGUACCGCCUGUUGAUAGCGGUUUAGUAGGUAUUAGUGCAAAGUUUGGGUUUACUUCGUUGUACUAAAGAAACAAGCUAAACCAAAAGUUUUUAGUUGAAUUUAGGGUGAUUAUACAUAGAGAUUGUACAGUAAAAUAAAGGUAUAUUUUGUUA